UUAUCUUUGCGUGAUAUAAUUCAGAUGACUUUUGCACACAGUAUAUAUAACAGCAGACUUUUUCCAGUCUUGUUAACAGUAACGUGUCGUUGGAUAUUAGUCGACUUAAAUCAUGAAGGUGGCCUGUCUUCUCCUCUUGUGUCUGGCUGCUGGAAGUCAAGCCAAUUUUCUUGAUGACCUGAAGAAUGCCUUUACAAACGUUGGACAUGCGCUAACAACUACAGUCCACGCUGUUGGAGAUCAAGCCAAAGUAGUUGGACAGAAUCUUCUCACUGCGGCGAAAGAACAAGGCACACAGCUGGCCUCACAAGCUCUUCAAAGUCUGUUGAUGGGAACCAUGAAUGCUCUCAGUACGCCUACCGGAACAGACACAACUGGUACCAAGAGAUCUCUGUCUGAACUUCUUCAGCAGUCCAAGCCUUUGACUGAUGCCGCUGAGAAGAUCGUUCAGCAGAAGAUGGACAAACUGAAGGGAGUCUAUACAGAGGCUGUGGACAAACUUAAAAAUCUCGCCUCUCAGCUGACCGACCUCCCAGCUCCUGAACUCAUUAACAAAGUUGACCAGGUCGUUGUUGCCCACCACGUUGUUGCUGAUAAUAUCCAAACCGAACUCGUCACUGAACUGACCGCACUUUUCGGAAAGGUCCUAGCUUUACACCCAGGACACAAGAGAAGCACCUUCACGGAUGCUCUUGCUACAGUUGGACAAGGCCUUGCCAGCUUCUUCCAGCCCCAUGUUCAAGCUGUUCAGCAGAUGGUGAGUGGUGUAGGUGAAUCUCUAAAGCAGACAGCCACUGCAUUCCACACAAGUUUGACCACUGGCGCUCACGGAGAUGCUGUCCACCAGUCUGUAUCAGCUCUGGCACAACAUGGACAAAACGCUCUCUCUGCUCUUAAAGACGCUGUUUCAGACAUCCUCCAACAAACUUUGACCAACAUGCAGCCACACCUUGUUAACCUCCUCAAUCACGGUUCUCAGGCUCUUCAAGAAACCCUCGCCAAACAAAACACAGGCACACCAUCCGAGUAGAUUACAUAUAUAGACUGUAGAAAAUAAAAUUGUAUAAUGAAAUGUG